AUGGCGCAUCGAGAUAUGGAAAUCUUGCCGUGGGAGUGUCGUGAUGUGGAGGAUCACGCCGAAGCUUACUACAACCACCCGCUUCGGUCCAAAAACAAGGUGCUCGCUGAUGAGAACGAAAGAUUGAAGAAGCUUCUCCGCGAAAACGGCAUCGCUUGGUCGUCCAUCUCCGCCGCCUACCAAAGGCAGGGCCGGGCUGGCCGACGCACUCGCUCCUCCAUCUCGUCUCAGACUCACCCGUAUCCCUAUCUACCGACUGAGGUCUUGUUGCGCAUUCUCAAGUACUCUUUGACGUCCAAGGACCCCAUCAUUGAUCCUCUGUCGAAGCUCAAGCCCGAGAACCUGACCCCCCACGAGAGAGGUCGCGGCAAUCAAAUCGCCAUUCACUUCCUGGUGACAUGCAAGGCCAUGCACGAGGAGGGCAGUCGCAUACUGUGGGGCCAGAAUUCUUUCGCCUUCACCACGCACGAGGCCGUUCGCAACUUUGCCGACCUGGACUUGGCCUACCGCAAGAACAUCAAGCACGUCAACUUCCGUAUCAUUGCCCAGUUCUUCGACGACAAAAAGCGCAAGCACAAGCUCGAACGGUCGUACCACCCCGCCCUCAAGAGCGAUAUUACUCUUCGCACGAUCCCCCGCGUCAAUGAGCAUACCUACGCUCGCGGCGGCUUCCGCUGCUACUCCUGGGGUCAGGUGACUGACUUCCUUCGCGCUCUCCGCGCUCCCUACGACCCGAAGCACGACCUGAAGCUUGUCCGUCCAAGACUUUUUCCCGGUCUCGAGUCCCUCAGAAUCGACCUCGUCAACUUCUUGGAUGACUUCUUACCCAUGCCUGGCAGCGAUCUUCACGACAUGGCUUCCCAUGAGCUAGGUUGCUCCCUCAACGAGCUGCAAGUAACCGGCCUGCCCAUCGAUGACGCUGGUAGCAAGGCGACAGGUGAGCUUACCGGCCUUUUGCGCGAUGAGGGUCUUUUUCUAGCCGGUCUUCCCUCGUUCGUUCAGCUCAAGAACGCGCUCAAACCACUUCCCGGUAUCUCGAGUUGCGCCCGCGUUGUUCGGGCCUGGAAGACUUUGAAGACGAAGAAGGGUGGCGACGAUUCGUCAUCCAACGAUAUUGAUUCGGACUCAGAGUCAGAGGUGGGCCAUCACCAUCCUCGCGAACCCAUCAUGCCGCCUGCCCCUCGGGAGGAGGGCCACCCUAAAUCUGCGCCCAACCGCAAAGAUCUUACCAUCUGGAAGAAGGUACCCAAAACCAGAGAUGGAGACGAACGCCAGUGGACUGAGUUCUGUCGUAGCAGUGGCUACCCCAUGGAAGAUAUUGAGGAGAUGAUGGGCGAUGAUGAUGAGCUUGGUGUCUGCCCCUGCUGUGGCGAGCCUCAUCCCAGUCUGCUUGACCUUCUUGAGAUGGACAUGGAUAUGGACGAGUUGUGA